AUGGCAGGAACACCGCCCUCAACAUCAGGAAUGUCAAAAUCAUCACCAGCGACAGCCAAGUCGACAACCACGACACCCGCAGCACUCACGUCGCCUUCGUCGGUUGUCAACCCUAAGGAAGCCGCCGUACCAACAGAGACCGGAAUGCCUGCACCGCAGCUACCAGCACCGCCGCUCCCCUUGGAGUCCGAGCUGGAAAGCAGCGCUCCCCAUCAAAUCCCGGAGGCAAUAGCAUUACCCGCGAGUCCGAGACAUGUCAUCCUGCAGGCCCCAGCCGAAAGGACCACUCCGGCAGCCGGAGAUCACGCCCUGGCUCCUCUGCUCCAUUCCUUGCUCGACCGAAUGGACGAGAUGACCCGCCAAACUGACCGAAGGUUUGCCGAGCUCACGGCAGGGCGCGGAGCCCACACAAACCAACCAGAGAAUCCCGGGUCCUCGGUUGAGCGCGACCUCGAGGAAGCUCACCGCUCAGAAGUGCUACUCCUGCAAAGGAACCUCUUCGGUGACUCCCCAACCGAGUCAGCCGGACCAAGUCGGAGAUCCACCCAAUUGGCAAAUCGCUCGGCCGAAAUGCGCCCUCUGCAUUCCAGCCCGGAGGCGUUCCGACACAUGGCCGCAGAGAGAGACCGCGACGCGGAGAUCGAGGCCAUCAAGGCAAAAAUUCGCGAAAUGAACUCCAAGGUCCAUCGAGCCACGAGCUCGGCCCCAGAAAUAGAUCGUGUCCUGCAGGAGACGCAAAACACACCGUUCACGCACCGAAUCGCCUCCACCCCUUUCCGCCACGUCAGCAAAGUGAAGCUCCCACCUUACGCCGGAGAUACCGAUCCCACGCAGUAUCUAACGGCAUUCACCAUCGCCAUGGGACGAGCUCACUUCACGCCCGAAGAGCGGGAGGCCGGACACUGUCAACUCUUCGUGGAAAACCUGGUCGGCCCCGCCCUGACUUGGUUCUCCAGGCUGGAGACGCACUUGAUCGAUAGCUUCAAAGCGCUCUCGACCGCUUUCCUCAAACAUUACUCCAUAUUUAUCCAGCGUUCUGCUUCAACUGCCGAUCUCUGGGCCUUGAGCCAGGGACCGAAAGAAUCCCUCCGGUCGUUCAUCGAACGCUUCAAAGCGACGGCCUCCCGCGCCUCAGUGUCGGACGAGUCCGCCAUCCCAGCCCUGAGGAAAGCCCUCCACUUCGACUCGGCUUUCAAGGACGAACUCAAGCUCAACGCGCCGCACACUCUGGAAGACGCAUUACACCGCGCCGGGCUGCAUAUUGAAGUCGAGGAGGAGAGGGCAAGUCUUAGGAAGCUCGCUUCCCAGAAAAAUCCACCUCAAAAGGAAAGGGCUCAGGACGAAUACCACGAACCCCGCCAGCACUACGAUGAGGAAUAUAGGGGCAGGCAGGCCGCAACUUUUCUCAUCAGCAACGCGCCGACCUCGUGUCCCGUCGAAGAAGCUGCAGCCGUCUUCCGCGUAGACAGCCCCCACUGUGCAGUCGAUACGCAGUACAACCGACCUGGGAUGGCCGCACCCAGCUCAUCGCAGCAGUAUUACCAGCAGCCUCUCCCAUCUAACAAAUGGUAUCGCACCAUCGAGGCACCGCCGCCGGUCCAGUCGCCGCCCCCGGCUCAGGUCGUCCAAGAGCGAGCCGCCGCUCCUGCUACCAGAGACAACCAGGCGUUCUGCGAGUAUCACCAACUGAAGGGGCACGCAACCGAGCAGUGCCGCAAACUUCAAGAAGCUCUCCUCGCUCAGUACCAAAAGGGGGGAAUUAGAGUCCCCGACCAGCAGCAGCCGCGCGGCCGAGGUCGUAAUGAUAACCAGCGUCGUCAAGACAACCGAGUUCAACAAGAUAAUCGCCGCCAGCGCUCCCCAUCUCGCGAGAACGAUAGGGUCCAGCCCGUUCAGCAACAACGGCAACAGCAGGCCGCACCUCAGAGACAGGCGUCCCCACCGCCGGCUCGGACAAUGAUCGGAAUGAUCAUGGGCGGUCUCCUGUCCUGCAACGACUCGGUUCGCUCGAUAAAAGUCCACGAGCGGAAGUCCACCCCGACAGAGAGGUGGGUGGCAAAGAUCAGAGUAACCAACGCUCAAGACACAAGCGGUAGGGGAAUAACGUUCUCCGAGGAAGACGCCGAGGGAGUCGACCAACCUCACAACGACCCCCUCGUCAUCCAAAUUCGCGUAGCAGAUUGCGACGUGACUCGGGUCCUUGUCGAUACGGGCAGCUCGGUAGAUCUCAUCUUCAAAGAAGCCCUCAAGAAGAUGGACCUACACGGCGUGGAGAUGAAGCCAACCCUCACUCCCCUGACCGGCUUCGCAGGAGAUACAAUCACAUCGAUAGGGACGAUCAAGCUGCCGGUCUACGUAGGUCGGGUGACAAAAAUAGUCAAAUUCACCGUCGUCGACCGUCCAGCCAUAUACAACAUCAUCCUCGGUACUCCUUGGCUGCAUUCGAUGAAGGCGGUCACCUCGACCUACCACCAGUGCCUCAAGUUCCCCAACCAGGCCGGCACAUUCACAGUCCGGAGCGACCAAAGGAUCUCGCGCUCAUGCUUCAUUAUCGAACAUAAGCUCCGCAACGCCGCCCGCACUCAGCUCUGCGCCACAGUAAGCCGCAACGGAGUCCCUGCCUGCAACAUCGUAGGACCCGAGCUCCCAGGGGAACCGAGCCAAGCAGAUCAUCCUCUCCGAGAUCUCGUUGUCCAGGUCAACAUCGACCCCGGUCACAGCGACCGCUGCGUCGGCAUCGGAGCCGACCUGAAAGAAAGCAUCAAGACCGAGCUCAUCGGGUUCCUCAAGCAGAACGUCUCGAGCUUCGCCUGGUCAACCAGCGACAUGCCCGGCAUCAACCCGGCCAUAUGCAGCCACGAACUGAAUGUCGACCCGACCUUCCGGCCUAUCAAGCAGAAGAGGCGAAAGUUAGGCGCCGAGCGCGCUCAAGCCGUGAAUGACGAGGUGGAUAGGUUAACGGCAGCCGGGAAUAUCACAGAGGUGAAAUAUCCGGAUUGGCUCGCAAACCCGGUCGUGGUAAAAAAGAAAAACGGCAAGUGGAGAGUCUGCGUGGACUUCACCGACCUCAACAAGGCCUGCCCGAAGGACUGCUUCCCCCUUCCAAGAAUCGACCAGGUCGUCGAGGCGACUGCAGGGAACGAGCUACUCUCUUUCAUGGACGCCUUCUCGGGCUACAAUCAAAUCUUCAUGCACCCCGACGAUAGGGAGAAGACGGCAUUCAUCACGGACCGUGGAACCUACUGCUACAAGGUCAUGCCGUUUGGGCUCAAAAACGCCGGAGCCACCUAUCAGCGCCUCGUGAACAAGAUGUUCGCCGACCAGCUCGGACGCACAAUGGAGGUGUAUAUAGACGACAUGCUCGUUAAAUCCAUGGUGGCUGGUGAUCACGUCGAUCAUCUAAAAACGUGUUUCAAAACUCUGAACGAGUACGGCAUGAAGCUCAACCCCGCGAAGUGCACUUUCGGUGUCACCUCAGGAGAAUUUCUCGGUUACGUGGUCACCCAGCGCGGGAUAGAGGCAAACCCGAAGCAAAUCCAAGCCGUCCUCAAACUGCAGUCACCAAAAAGCACCCGUGAAGUCCAGCGUCUCACCGGAAGAAUUGCCGCCCUCAAUCGAUUUAUCUCGCGAUCCACCGAUAAAUGUCUCCCCUUCUAUCAACUACUCCGAGGAAACAAAAAGUUCGAAUGGGACGACAAGUGCGAGCUGGCAUUUCAGCAACUGAAAGAAUACCUCUCAACUCCACCCGUCCUGGCCAAGCCCGAAGACGGAGAAACCUUGUACCUGUACAUCGCCGUGUCCACCUCGGCUGUAAGCGGUGUCCUGGUUCGAGAGGACCGAGGAGAGCAAAAGCCGGUUUUCUACGUCUCUAAAUCCCUGGACGGAGCCGAGAGCAGGUACCCGACCAUGGAGAAACUGGCGUUGGCCGUCGUAACAGCAGCCCGGAAGCUCCGCCCCUACUUCCAAUCUCACACUGUCGCCGUCCUAACCACACAUCCUCUGCGGACAAUCCUUCACAGCCCGAGCCAGUCGGGUAGGAUGGCGAAGUGGGCGGUAGAGCUCAGCGAAUACGACAUCGACUAUCGAGGACGGACCGCUGCGAAGUCCCAAGUAUUGGCAGAUUUCCUCGUCGAACUCGCUCCCGAGCUAACCGGCGAAGCACCCGAUGAGAAAUGGAGCCUUCACGUCGAUGGUUCGGCCUCAAAGCAUGGCUCUGGCGUCGGCAUCUGCUUGGAAUCACCGACCCACGAGGUGAUAGAGCAGUCAUUCCGCUUAGCAUUCCAGGCAUCGAAUAACGAGGCGGAGUACGAGGCCCUGAUAGCCGGCCUGCGACUGGCAAAGGAGAUCGGGGUCAAGAAAAUCCAAGCGUACUGCGACUCCCAGCUCGUCGCAAACCAAUUCAGUGGCGAGUAUGAAGCCAAGAACGACCGCAUGGAAGCCUAUCUCAAGGUUGUCCAAGACCUGGCCUCCGAGUUCUCCGAAUUUCAUCUCACCAAGAUCCCCCGAGGGGAUAAUACUUCUGCAGACGCCCUAGCCGCUCUGGCCUCCACCUCGGAUCCCACUCAGCGCCGAGUAAUCCCCGUGGAGAGCAUCGAUUCCCCCAGCAUAGAGCUCCCGAAGGGGAUCUGCCUCAUCAACGAUUUUCUCGCCGGUGACCCAAUCGAAGAGCAGGAUGUCCAGGACGGUGAGAACCUGCCACCUCCCCCGCCCGAGCCCAUCAAACCAGAUUGGCGACCUGACAUCCUGUCAUAUAUCAUCAGCGGGACGGUCCCUGACGACCGCUGGGCAGCUCGGAGAUUAAAAAAGAAAGCCGCCAAGUAUUUCCAGUUCGACGGAAACCUAUUUCGGUGGAGCGAAACUGGCGCCCUGCUCAGCUGUCUCCACGGAGACAAAACAAUCGACGUUAUGAAGGAGAUGCACGAAGGCGCUGGAGGAAGCCACUGUACCGGCCGAACUCUCGCACUCCGGAUCCGUAACCAAGGACAUUACUGGCCAACAAUGGUCGAGGAUUGCAACAAGUUCGCAGCCCGGUGCGAAAAAUGCCAACGCCACGGCCCCAUGAUCCAUUCGCCCACCGAGCUACUCACCACGGCAUCACCGCCCUACCCAUUCAUGCGUUGGGCCAUGGACAUCGUGGGACCGCUGCCAAGAUCCCGCCAAAAGCGUUUCCUCCUCGUCAUGACGGACUACUUCACCAAAUGGGUCGAGGCCGAAUCCUACGCCCGGAUCACCGCCGAGGACGUCCGCAAGUUCGUGUGGAAGUUCAUCAUCUGUCGCCACGGUCUACCCUACGAGAUCGUCACGGAUAACGGCGCCCAGUUCACGUCGAUCAUUUUCGAAGACUUCUGUGCAAAAUGGAAGAUCAGGCUGAGCAAGUCAACCCCGAGGUACCCACAAGGAAACGGGCAGGCCGAAGCAACGAACAAAACAAUCUUAGACGGCCUCAAAAAACGGCUAGACGAAAAAAAAGGUCUCUGGGUAGACGAGCUUGAUGGAGUCCUUUGGUCUCAUCGAACCACGCCUCCGCGUGCAACAAGACGAACUCCAUUCAGUCUGUCGCACGGCAUGGAAGCAAUGGCCCCCUCGGAGGUCGGACUCCCCACAAUCCGCCGCUCGAUGCUCACACAAGACCCCGACCUCAACAGCAACAUGAUCCGCAGCGAGCUCGACUUCGCCGAGGAGGACCGCGACCAAUCAUUGCUUCGCAUGCAAAAUUACCAACAGCUCGCCUCCAAGUAUUACAACAAAAAGGUCAAAGGCAGAUUCUUCACAGAAGGUGACUUAGUUUUGCAAAAAGUGUUCGAAAACACAGCGGAAUUAAACGCGGGCAAGCUCGGAGCCAACUGGGAAGGCCCCUACCUCAUCGCAAGAAUCGUCAAGCCCGGAGUGUACGAGCUCGUCACAAUGGCAGGCGACGCAAUCCUGCGCUCAUGGAACGCGGCCAAUCUCAAGCGAUUCUACUACUAA